CUGUUACUCCAGUCUUGCUCGUUUGCACAGUGCUCCCUCGUCCGGCCUGACUUUACUAUCAACUGACGUGUUUUGCGCAUUUCCUGAACCAGCGCAGACAGGCAAAGGGAGGGAUAGGGAAAGGAGAGGUAAUUUGCAGGAAACGAGAGGGAAAGGAGUCAGGGAGGGAGCGCGGCCGACCUCGGGACCUAAUUGAACACUUAUGAACCGUAAAAGAAAAGCAAUUGUUACAUGGUAUCAUCCGUCCAGAGACUAGCAGCGAUCAUGUGUGGGGAGGAAUAAUUCCAAACGCCUGAAACGCAUUUGCUGGAUUCAAAGGAAGACAAGCUGUAGAGAAGAGAGCUCCAGACAUAUUUUCCCUCGCUGUUCAUAUAGAACCGUGUCAGGCAUUGGUCGUUUUGUCUGUUUUUCACUUUGGAAAACCAUAGUGAUUCGGCGACGAAGGCGGAUUUUAAGCUGGAUGUCAUUUUCACACGGAGGUGAAUCCGUUUGUUUACGUAUGUUUCCGCACUCAAGGACAGAACGGACCGUAAACAAAAACGGUACCACUCAGCCCAGUUGUCUGUCUGCUGGGCUGUUUUGCGUGUAAAUAGUGUUGUCUACAGAUACAUGGUGAAGACUGGAACUAGUUCUAGUAUUUGAAGCGAAAAAUAUGGACAUGUGUUCUGGUUAGCGCUCAAGCUGAUUGAACUGAAUUUGUGAACAUUUAUGUGAAGUGAUCCUUGUUUGAGUCCUGUGGCGGUGGCCAGUACCGAGUGACUGCCCUACUGUUUCAUCCGUAAGAUACAAUCACGAAAAAGCUAGGUUGUAUCGGUAGCAUCAUGGUGGUUUUCAAUGGGUUAUUGAAGAUAAAGGUCUGUAAGGCUUUGGACUUAAAGCCUACGGCAUGGUCAUUAAGGCACGCAGUGGGAGUAAAAUCCCAGACUUUUCUGUUGGAUACCUACAUCGCCCUAAACGUGGAUGAUUCACGCGUGGGUCAAACAUCUACCAAGCAGAAGACCAACAGUCCGGCGUGGAACGAUGAGUUUGUGACUGAAGUGUGUGACGGAAAGAAAAUUGAACUGUCUGUCUUUCACGACGCUCCAAUUGGAUACGACGAUUUUGUUGCCAAUUGCACAAUUCAGUUUGAAGAUCUGCUGCAGAACGGUAGUAGACACUUCGAGGACUGGAUUGAUCUGGAGCCUGAAGGCAAAGUGUUUGUCGUCAUUGACCUGUCAGGGUCUUCAGGUGAAGCUGCCAAUGACAAUGAAGAGCGAGUGUUCCGGGAGCGCAUGCGGCCGCGGAAACGGCAGGGGGCGGUGCGCCGGAGGGUCCACCAGGUCAACGGACACAAGUUUAUGGCCACCUACCUGAGACAGCCCACCUACUGCUCCCACUGCAGGGACUUCAUCUGGGGUGUGCUGGGGAAACAGGGAUACCAGUGUCAAGUAUGUACAUGUGUGGUCCACAAGCGCUGCCAUGAGUCCAUCAUCACCAAAUGUGCCGGGAUGAAGAAACAGGAGGAGGCUCCUCAGGAGGUGGGCUCCCAGCGGUUCAGUGUGAACAUGCCACACAAGUUCAGAAUCCACAGCUACAAAGUCCCCACCUUCUGCGACCACUGCGGCUCCCUGCUGUGGGGCCUCAUGCGUCAGGGCCUUCAGUGCAAAGCGUGUAAGAUGAAUGUGCACAGGCGCUGUGAGAGUAACGUGGCUCCUAGCUGUGGAGUGGACGCCAGAGGCAUCGCCAAAGUUCUCGCUGAGAUGGGCGUCACCCCAGACAAGAUCAACAACACCAACAGCACACAGAGGAGGAGAAAACUGAACUUGGGCCAAGAUUCUCACCAACCUGCAACAGAAAUCCCACAGCCUGAUCUAGAACGCUGCCAGUCAGCACCCAUCUCUCCCUCUGACCUGGAAUUUGCAGACCUGGUGAGCAUCCAUAAGACCUUGUCGUUUAGCCAGCGUGGUCCGGAGCAGCAGUCCUCUUCCUCCGUCUCGUCAGGCAGUAGCUCCGAGACCCGGCAGAACGGCGACGUCCGGUCCGUGCAGAGCAAGAGGAGGAGCCUGAUGGACUUCAGCUUCAUCAAGGUCCUGGGAAAGGGCAGCUUUGGCAAGGUGAUGCUGGCCGAGCUCAAGGGUACGGAUGAGGUUUACGCGGUGAAGGUCCUGAAGAAGGACGUGAUCCUGCAGGACGACGACGUGGACUGCACCCUGACCGAGAAGCGCAUCCUCGCUCUGGCCAGGAAGCACCCCUACCUGACCCAGCUCUUCUGCUGCUUCCAGACCAAGGACCGCCUGUUCUUUGUGAUGGAGUAUGUGAACGGGGGAGACCUCAUGUUUCAGAUCCAGAGGUCGAGGAAGUUUGAUGAGGCGCGCUCACGCUUCUACGCUGCCGAGGUCACUUCUGCGCUCAUGUUCCUGCACCUGCAUGGAGUCAUCUACAGAGACUUGAAGCUGGACAAUAUUCUGUUGGAUGCAGAGGGCCACUGUAAACUGGCAGACUUUGGCAUGUGUAAAGAGGGCAUCCUGGAUGGAGUCACCACCACUACCUUCUGUGGCACCCCUGAUUAUAUUGCUCCUGAGAUCUUGCAGGAGCUGGAGUAUGGGCCGUCGGUGGACUGGUGGGCUCUGGGAGUGCUGAUGUACGAGAUGAUGGCGGGGCAGCCUCCAUUCGAGGCCGACAACGAGGACGACCUGUUUGAGUCCAUCCUGCACGACGACGUGCUCUACCCUGUUUGGCUCAGCAAAGAGGCGGUCAACAUCCUCAAAGCGUUUAUGACCAAAAACCCCAGUAAGCGUCUGGGCUGUGUGGCGGCACAGGGCCUGGAGGAGGCCAUCAAAGCACACCCUUUCUUCAAAGAGAUCGACUGGGUCUUGCUGGAGCAGCGGCGAGUCAGGCCCCCUUUCAAGCCUCGUAUUAAAACCAAACGAGAUGUAAAUAACUUUGAUCAAGACUUCACUCGAGAAGAUCCUGUUCUGACCCCCGUGGAGGAGGACAUCAUCAAACAGAUAAACCAGGACGAGUUUAAAGGUUUCUCCUAUUUUGGAGAGGACGCUCUAUCCUAAAGUCUACUCCUAUCGCACCCUUGCACAAUACAGAUACAGACACAAAGAUAAUCCCCUACACACAUGAAACACACACACACACACACACACACACACACACACAC